UCUGCUUUCUCCAUUACACACACGAUGGAACAUCUUAGGGUUUUAUUCUCAGUCUCUCUUCUCUUCGCAUUCUUCGUCUCCCUUUCGUUCUGCGAGAACGACGGCGACGAUAUCUUGAUCCGGCAAGUGGUUAACGGAUCGGAGCCGAAGGUAUUGUCAUCGGAGGAGGAUCACUUUUCUCUGUUCAAGAGGAGAUUCGGAAAGGUUUACGGUUCUCUCGAGGAGCACCACCACAGAUUCGCGGUUUUCAGAUCUAAUCUUCAGAGAGCGAUGCGUCAUCAGAGGAUGGAUCCUUCUGCUCGCCAUGGCGUCACGCAGUUCUCCGAUCUGACUCCUUCUGAGUUUAGGAGAAUGCAUUUAGGGGUUAGAGGUGGGUUUAAGCUUCCCAAGGACGCUAAUCAGGCGCCGAUUCUUCCUACAAAGGAUCUCCCAGAGGAUUUUGAUUGGAGAGAUCGUGGAGCAGUUACUCCCGUCAAGAAUCAGGGAUCAUGUGGAUCGUGCUGGAGUUUCAGCACUACAGGAGCGCUUGAAGGUGCUCACUUCCUCUCAACUGGCCAACUUGUUAGUCUCAGUGAACAACAGCUCGUAGAUUGUGAUCACGAGUGUGAUCCUGAACAGGAAGGUUCGUGUGACUCUGGUUGCAACGGCGGCCUAAUGAACAGCGCCUUUGAGUACACCCUCAAAACCGGGGGGCUCAUGCGAGAGGAUGACUAUCCCUACGAAGGCACCGAUGGUGGGACCUGCAAGUUGGACAAGUCUAAGAUUGUUGCAUCUGUCUCCAACUUCAGUGUUGUCUCUAUUAACGAAGAUCAAAUCGCUGCAAAUCUUGUCAAAAACGGUCCUCUAGCUGUGGCUCUAAAUGCAGCUUACAUGCAAACCUACAUGGGAGGAGUAUCGUGCCCUUACAUAUGCUCGAAGAGGCUCAACCACGGUGUGUUGUUGGUGGGUUAUGGUUCGGCCGGUUUUUCUCAGGCAAGGUUCAAGGAAAAGCCGUAUUGGAUCAUCAAAAACUCAUGGGGAGAAACCUGGGGUGAGAAUGGUUUCUAUAAGUUAUGCAAAGGCCGUAAUGUUUGCGGCGUUGACAGUAUGGUUUCCACCGUCGCUGCCGCUGUCUAGAGGGUUUUUAUUAUUAAGACAAUUUCGCAUUUGUCUCUUGUCUCUGUUAUAAAACCUGUAAAUAAAUUAAAUGAAAUGCAUUUCUCCGUGAA